GCGGUCCGCAUCAGUUGAAUGGUGUCUGAGUUUGUCUGGAGCUCUUGCUGGGUGGGUGGGUGGGGGAGAUGGUUAUGGUUUUGUGCUGAGUGCUUCCGAUUAAGGCUGCUAUCCCUAUCGAAUAUUUAAGAUGGAUUUUCAGGAAUCUCGCAUCGUCACUCCAGGCCCUUACAGGGCUACGAAAUUGUGGAAUGAGGUCACAAAGCUUUUCAGAGCGGGGAUGCCUUUGAAAAAGCACCGCCAGCAUUUCAGAGUGCAUGGAAACUGUUUCACUGCAGCAGCAGCUGUGGACUGGUUACACGAGCUCCUCCGAAACAAUAGCAAUUUUGGCCCGGAGGUAACCAGGCAACAGACCGUCCAGCUGCUCAGGAAGUUCCUAAAGAACCAUGUGAUCGAAGAUGUCAAGGGGAGAUGGGGAUCAGAAGACCUGGAGGACAACAGUCAGCUCUUCAGGUUUCCCCCAACAUCUCCUUUGAAGACUAUUCCAUAUCGUCCUUCAUUUAUGAGAAAGAAAGCAGCAAGUGUGUCAAUCAAGGAAAGAGAGAGCUUUUUUAAGUUCUCCAAUUUUUAUCGACGAAGUUCUAAGAAAUUUGAUGAAACACAGGAAAAUAUUGAUCCCUUAAACAAAGAAGAGCUCACCGAUGUUCCAGAAAGUGUACAGAUUCAUAGCCGGGAGAUAACACAAGAAGACAUUCAUGAAGUUUGGAGGAAUAUUACUCUAACACAUUUGCAGAAAUCAUUGGGCUUGACUUCACUGGAAGAUGUGUUGGAUCCAGCGCAAGUCAAUCCAGGACACAUUGUCUACAACAUGACUAAUGUCAACAAGCACGGAGUGGUCACAUUGCAAGACAAGACAGGGGACCUGCCCCACUGGGUUUUGUCUGCUAUGAAGUGCUUGGCAAACUGGCCAAAGUAUGACUCCAGCCAGCCAUCCUACCCUGGGUUUGAGAGGGAUGUUUUUAAAACGGUUUCAGAUUAUUUUAUAAAUCUUCCUCAGCCACUCCUGACAUUUGAAUACUAUGAAUUAUUUGUGAACAUUUUAGUUUUGUGCGGCUACAUCAUGGUCCCAAAAACACAACGAGGGAAACGUAAAAGCCAAGAGGAACCCAACUAUCCUCAGCCGGCCAAAACUCAGCAUUUACAUGAUGCCAAUCUGUUCAAGUCCACAGAGUGCCUCUUGCUAAGCUUAAUCCGUAAGGGAUCUUUAGAGGAAAGUGAAUCACCAAUGAAAGAGGUGUUCUCUUCUAAUUUGGAGGCCAAACAACUCGCACAGCUAAAAGGCUGUGCAAAGAAAAUACUGAAGUGCAACGAAGCUGACAGAAGAUCCAGUGCCUGUGACAUUAUAGGAGGCAGUUGUCAGAACCUUGCGCAGUUUAAGAGUAGUGAAACCAUGCCAGUCAAGUUUAGACCAAGGUGCUAUUCUAUGGAAGGAAUUAUGGAUAUUUCAGGUGAUGCUGGCCCCAGACAUCUCUUCAAAUCGGAGGAAAGCCUGACAUCUUGCAGCAGCAGUGGCAGUACUUUCAGUAGCUCAUUGCGUAAAACUGGCUCUCCGUUUGACAUUCAUUCCAAAGCUCCACGGCAAGAACCUAUUUACAUAUCGAUCCCUUCAUGUUCCACGAAAGAAUUAAAAAAAGGUAUUGAACUUUGUAGCAGCCAGUCAGCCAGCAAUGAGGCGCCAAUUCCCCUGGAAGUUCAGUCUAUAAAAAGACGCCACAUGAGUAGGUCUAACAGUGUUGGAAAUUGUACUGGUCUUGGAAGCAUCAAAGAGAUAUCUAGUAGUUAUAGCAUCAAUGCUCCUGUGGCUGAAAUUACAAUGAAACCAGAUUUCUCCUCCUGCAUUGGGCUGAGAAGACCCAGCGUAUUAAAUUUGGUCGCCAAGAAAGAUGGUCAGAAAAGUGCACAUGUGAGCAGACGCUGCCAAAGCUCUAUGGAACUCUGUGAAAAGCUGUCUUCUACCUCUGUGUCCACUUUUGCACGUCCCCCAAGCCCUGAGCAAAGCUUGCUGCAGCCCCAGCUGGAGAGGGUUGCAAUAGAAGCCCUACAGCUGUGUACUCUUCUGCUGCCUCCAAGCAACCGGCGCCAACUUCAGCUGCUCAUGCGCAUGAUCUCUCGAAUGAGUCAGAAUGUGGACAUGCCACGUCUCCAUGAUGUGAUAGGGACAAGGACAUUGAUGGUGCACACAUUCUCCCGUUGUGUGCUGUGCUGCCAAGAAGAGGUAGACCUUGAUGAGCUCCUGGCCACAAGACUGGUCUCCUUUUUAAUGGAUCAUCACCAAGAGAUUCUUCAAGUCCCAGGGUACCUGCUGAGUGCUGUUCAGGACCAUAUUGACUAUAUGCGAAAAGUUCAGAUAACAUACCCAGGGGAAAGUGUCAGUGCCACUCUGCCAACCUACUCCUUCUGCAGGCAAAUCACCUGCCAGGAGUUUGAAGAGCAGAAGCUAUCCGUCUCACAGGCUGCUAUUGCCGAUCUGCUGGAAAGCCUCAUCAAGGAUAAAAACCUGUGUGUGAAGGAAAAGAAAAAGAAGCUUAAACAGUUUCAGAAAGAGUAUCCAGAUAUCUACAGCCGUCGCUUCCCGACCACAGAAAGUGAGGCCCAGCUCUUUGUUGAUAAGCCAAAGAUAAAGCCACCGAUGCUGUUAAAUAUGAAGAAAUCCAAAACAUUUGGCCUAAGAAACUGAAGAUGAUUUUUUUUUGCUUCAACUUUGUCCAUAUACUUGAUUUGUAGACUCCAUUCCCUCCAAAAAAGGGAAUCUGCAACUACAUAAAAUACUUCUUUUGAAGGACUCAAUGAUGCAGGGACAAUCAAAGCCUUUCAUCUGGAAAGUGAAGACUAAAGCAAUACUGUACAUUUCAGAUGUUAUCCUAGAUAAAUAUAUUUAAACUUAUUUUUGUUUAAACUAGGUGGGGGGGUUGUAAAGUUUUAUUAAUGGGAUAAAAAAGCAAAGCUACACAAUCUUAUGUAGCUGUAUUAUUGUUUUCAAAGACGACAAUUGAUGACUGUAGUGGGUGAUGGGUAGUAAUUUAAAAUCUUGAGAAGAGCAUGAAGUCCUUUUUCUCAAGGCUGUUAACUGACAUUGAGCACUCUGCUGCAGUAAUGCUAUAGCUUGCUCAUGCAAGUGUUCUCGUAUCCGCUUCAAGCAUUGUUUUAUCUCCAUAGUCCUCAGGUUUACUUGUUCUCUGAUUGAAAGGUAUUGUCACCACAUCUUCCAUUUUAAUGUAUGCUUCUGAAAUGCAGGACUUUUAGGCUUUGCAUCCUGCUGAAGCUUUGAUGCAUAUUGAAUAAUUUGCUAGACCUAGGUGUGUUACAGUGCAAUUUAUCCACAUUGGGUAAGUGUUAAUUUCAUUCAGGUGAUGCCAAACUGGUUAGACUUCGUAUCUUGUUUUAGGUAACAAUGGUUUUUGCAAUGUUAUAUAUAUAUACUAUAUUGUAUUUUUGGUAACUCCAGCACAAUUGUUUACACUUUUUUUGGUCUGUACUUGGUUUCUAUUUACUUGACAUAUAAAUGUCUCUUUAAAUCUGUAACUUGCACAUAACAACAAAUCUGUAACAUCAGUUUCCAGAUUAAAGUUUUACAUUUUGAAAAUAUUUCCACUUGAAGAAAAUGUGCCAGAUGUAGUUAAAGCAUGUUUACAGUGAUUUUUUUUUAAAGCAGAUGGCUUAAAUGAUACUGAGCUGUAAAUGGAAAUAGAACAAUCAGAGUGAAUAAAAGCCUUUUAUCAAGGUUG